GCCAGGCGACCACGACGAUACACCCAAUGCAGCCCUAAGGCCCUCAGGAUGGCUGAAGAUAUACGUGUUUUGCCACAAUGGCUCAAAUUCCUUGACAAUACAAAUGGCAUCGUCACCACCCUGACUGCCUGCUUCAUUCUCUAUACGCGGUCCCCUGGCGUCAUAUAUUUUGCCAGCGGAGCUGUCUCCUGCUCUCUAUCUGUCAAGCUUAUCAAAAAAGCUAUCCGACAACCCCGACCGCCACCAACGACGGGUGCAAAGAAAAAGGUUACCUACGGAAUGCCGAGCACCCAUUCUGCAACCAUCACUUUCUUCGCAGAGUACAUAAGUCUGGCCUGUGCCUAUCUCCCUAUCCAUCCGAGUCUUCCUUCUAUGUGGAUGGCGCGUAUACUUCCUCCCAUCAUCGUCCUUCCUUGGGCUGCCAUGAUUGUCAUGUCAAGGAUAUGGCUAGGCCAUCAUACGUUGCCACAGGUGGUUGCUGGCUGCUCGUACGGAGUGGUAUUUUCGUAUGCAUGGUAUCUCAUGUGGGUCAGUGGCUUAAAUGAACGCGGUAGAUGGGCAACCCAGACUUUUCCGUAUAUUCUACAAUAAUUAGCCUAGAAUAGGGGCAAUCCCAUUAUGGAAUUUGUGAUGAUACGCG